AUGUCUCUAGCGGCGUUUCCUUUAAUUGUAUCGCGGUCCUUUUUGGGAUGUUGUGCAGCAAUUCACAAUUUCCAGGUUCAACAAGUGCGAUAUAAAUGGGCUGACUGGCGAAUGAUUAAAGAUUACAAACGUCGACAAUGUGUAAUUCAACAUGCAGAUGCCCGAUUGAGGGUAAACUCAUUGCGGAAAAACACCGUUCUACCAACGGAGCUGCAGGAUAUAGCAAGCAAGGAAAUUGAUGCAUUUCCGCGCGAUUCCUCUCUAGUGCGUGUGCGGGAAAGAUGCGCUGUAACUUCGCGACCACGCGGAAUCGUCCAUAAAUGGAGAGUGAGCCGCAUUGUCUGGCGUCACAUGGCAGAUUACAACAAAUUAUCCGGUGUUCAGCGAGCCAUGUGGUAGAAGAAAGUAUUCGUCUAGAAUAUUCAUUUUUAACUGCAUGAUGCAAUGCUGUUCAAAUAAAUCUAUCCGUCAUGAUAAUAGUUAAAUGCAUCGUAAGCUAAUAUAGAAUGGCCAGUUUGGUUUGUUUUAGUUAAGGUUUAGCUAUAUCUGUUCUCAGCGAUCAGCGAUAGCUUUACACUCUCAAUAAACAAUAUUUUGCUU